AUGACAAGCUCACCUGCCCUUACUACAAAGUCCAUUCCUUCAAAUAGCGAGCCGGACAUCAAGUUGUCUCCAGGAUCACUCUCACCAUCUUACGGAAUUUACAGUCCGGAUAGUGACUUUGACUCAAAGUACAAUCCCCCAAUGAAGCACAAAGAAUCAUCUGGAGCGUUACACAUCUCCACGUCUGACCAUUUCUUCCCUCCUGGCUCUCCUUAUGUUUGCUCGUCACCUUACUGGGGCAAUUUCGGAGUUUCCGCACCAGCUCAAUCCACCAAAACAUCAGACUCUUCUCCAAGCUUUCACCACAGCCCAAACAUGCAGUCUUCUGGUGGCUACAGUAGCAACGGUUACUACUCCAGGAACCAGACUCCUGCGCUGAGUGCGAGCAGCUGGAAGAGCAAUACUCCGAUCCGAGUUGCACCAAGUCCAUCAAGUCCUCCGAUACUUCAGGCACCUACACCAUCCAGCUUGAAGCCAGCAACAUCAAGAUACAAUACUGGCGGCCGUCAAUUGUCAACCAAAUCUGACCAGAUGUCGCGACCGUUUCAUCAGGAAACCCAACAGGACUACGCUCCUAUCGGCCACGGCCUCUCCUCAAAGGUACAGAAGAGCAACUCUAAAAGAACCAAAACACCAAACGGCUUUUACGAGAAGCUCAUGGCUGCUGCUGAGGGCCGUGAGAUCACGGACCAAGAGCGAGUUCUUCUCCAAUUCGCAGUCCGCGAUGGAAUCCCUUGGAUUGAACUCCGUGACAAGUUCAAUGCGAUUUUCCCAGGGAAACCAAUGCAGGCCCCGGCUUUGCAGAUGAAGAAGAAGAGAUUGGUGGAAAAACUCCAAGGCUGGACUGAAGUUGAGAUAAGAGCGCUCGAGGCGUCUGUUGAGAGGAACGGGGGUAAAUGGGCGACUGUUUCUAAAGACAUGAAAAGAUGCGGUGCCAAAUCAAAAUGGUCUGCCGAGGCUUGCCAGAAGCAGUGGGAGGAAAUGCGACCCAAAGACAAUAUGUCUCAGUACGAGAUGGCCCAAAUCGGUGACUACAGACGCCAUCGAACAUCACCAUCCGACUUUACCCAACAAUCUCUGGAUCAACAGUCGUGGUCUGAUGGAGCAGAAAGUGUCCACCACAGCCCUUUUGCAGAAGGUUCCGGACAGCUGAUCUCGGCUCUGUCCAGUACGACAAUGGAUGACACUCGGAGCAGAACUGCCAGUGAUGCGAGUGUUCAUUUACAGAUUCAACAACAACAAUUUCGGCACAUUCAGCAACAGAUAGACUAUGGCCAGCACAAUCACCAGCCACUUCAUCAGCGACAACAGCAACAAUCCCGGAUUGGCAGUUGGGCUUCAGGAGCUUAA